GUCACUUAUGUACGGGCAAUGCAAAGCGAAAAAAAAACAAUUUUGGCGCCUGUUUGCGCGCUUGUUGCUUGCUUUGCCAAUGUUUUUAAACAGCCGAUGAAUUUUUUGACCUUUUUUCUCAUUUUUUUCAAAAUUCCAAACUUGACAUCGAAUUGAAUGAUGUAUAAUAUUGUUUCAAUUUUGCAGAAUCGUCAAUAUCAUUUGACGAAUGGACGACAUUCAAAUUCAUGUCCAAUUUUACAACGAAAUUUUCUACCACCUUCACGUUUCGAUUCGUUGAUGGUUGAGCAACAUUAUAAUUUUAUCGAUUCUAAUGCUACAUGUGAUUCACCGAUUACUGCCAUAGCUCAUCGACCAAAUAGUAGAGAAUUUCUGUUGGCGAAUGACGUUGGCGAUAUUGUUGUUCUGGAAAAAUCAUCUUUUAGAGAAAUGAAAAAAUUUCAUGGACAUAAUUGUGCCGUAUUCGAUGCCAAAUGGCGACCUGAACAUUCGAAUCAAAUAUUGACAGCAGCUGGAGAUCGUAGUAUAAUUCUUUGGGAUAUCGAUCGAACCGAUCAAUCAUUGGCCAGUUUUUUUCCAGCACAUCAAGGCUCAGUUAAAAGUCUUUCGUUUCAUUGCCCAAAUACGUUCAUCAGUGGUGGGCGUGAUGGUGCCAUCAAAAUUUGGGAUCUUCGUACUUCCUGUAUUCUAAGGCAUGGACCAGUAUUAUCUAUUCACGAUCCUCACAUUCAUAUUUUGCCAUCGAUUAAAUCACCAAAUUUUCGUUCAUUAAAAUUUCGUCGACAAAAUCCCAUUGCAUGGGCAUCACAAAAUGCAAAUUAUCAUCCUUCCAAUGUUGUCACUUGUGUUGAUUUCCAUCCGAUUAACAAUAAUUAUUUCUAUAGCUCUGGUAUAGCUGAUGAUUCGAUUAAAGUUUGGGAUAUACGUCAAUGUCGACGACAAUUCCAAUGCACUAUCGUGCCGACACCAACAAAAAUUCAUACGACCAAAAAUAUUUCAUUAACAUCAAGUAUCCAUGGAUAUUCAUUUUUCAUUUCCAAUAAUGGUUCGAUAUUAUAUGCUUCAUCUACCAAUGGAAGCAUUUAUGCAUUCACUAGCAAUUCAACGUAUCCAGUUAUGAUUCUAUCUGGACGAUAUUCUAAUUCACAAACAAAAAUUUCACCAUUUAGUGAUGAUUACCUAUUAAGUGGUUCGACAAACAGCCGAUUUUACAUUUGGAAUUGCAGUCUUCGAAAACCUUUUGAUUCGAAUGAUGAGAAUUUUAUAUCGAUAGAAAAUCGUUUACCGUUGUUUGAAAUGAAUUUCGAUCAUCAACAAGAAUUAUCAUUAAUAUUUGGUGAUUUCAGUGAUCAAAACAUUUAUUGUGCAUCCGAACCGCAUGUUCUAUGGAAAUGGUCUUUCGGUAUAGGAAGACAUCAAAAUUCGAAUGAAGUUGAAUACAUGCAAGCUGGUUAUCAGCCAACCCUUCAACGAUUCAAAAAUCCUGAAAAUCAUUCGAAAAUGAUAAAUAUUAGCCUGAAAAGAGCGUCAUCAUUUGAAGCAAUCACUCACCGAAGAUCAUCAAGUUUAACAAGGCCAUUAUCAACCAUUACGAACUGGAUAUCUUCAGGGACAAAACGAUUCAAAUCAAACGACAACAACAAUAAUAAUAAUGAUGAUGAUGAUUCAGCCGAAUCGCCAUCAUCUAUAAAUGGUGAUAGAAAUAUUGAUAGUAAUAAUGAUGGUCAGGAAAAUCGAAGAUCCAAAUCAACAUCACAUAAAUUAAUAACUAAAAAAUGUUCACAAACACGUGGUUUACGAAAAAAUCUAAAACGGAAUCUAUUUAGCGAUAAUCGAAAAAUUAGUGAAUUUUUCACCAAAUCUUCAUAGAACACUGAUAAUGAUUUAAUAAAAUUUUAUUUUUUAAAAUAAAAA